AUGCUACAUGUUUUUAAUGGUCCAGUUGAGCCAGUGUCGUUGGCUGAAUUCCAGAAGGCCAAAGGAAAUAAAACUUUGUUCUCGUGUCAUACCAAACGACAAAUUAUUUACCAUGAAGAUGGACGACGAUUUGUGGGAGACAAAAUUGAAAAUGAACAAAGUGUUUCCAGUCUGUGGUCUACAGCUCUAACACGUUCAGUAGCACAGGAUUUGAAAGAUAGAUCUAAUGAAGAUUUCACGUUGCGCAAUCUUGGGCUUAUACAUUACGUGUCUCAUUUGUUGCAACAAAUCGUGUCACAACGGAAUGUACGGACAACGUUCAUAUUGAUAGCUUUGAACAUUGCAUUAAUCUUACUGUUUCUCUACAUUUUUGUAUUCUGA